UACAGACGACGUCUUUUGGGAAGGCGGAUAGUUUACAAAAAAAAUAAAAAAUAAUAAUAAGAAGAAUAAUAAUAAUACAAUAAAAACAAUAAAUAAAAAAUUAUAAAUAUAUAUAAAUAAAAAAAUCCCUGUAAUGUUCAUGAUUGGUAACUUUCGGUUUCGACUCUGCUGCGUUGCAUAACGAUAGUUCCUUAUACGCUCCAAACCUCUAACAACAACAACGUCGCACUGUUUCUUCGCCACGCUGAAAAUGAGCAGUACAGAGGAGAAACCUCUCAAGACUGAACUGGACCAGCUAGAAUGCCAUUUCACAUGGGAUUUAAAAAAAGCAGACACAAAUCUCACUGAUCAUUUGAAUAGAUUGGAGCACAACCGUGACUUAAAUCUGGGGGACAAGGCAGGGACUGCACGAACACAUAACUCAUUGGCAUAUGUCAGGUAUCUUUUGGGUUCUCAUGAAGAAGCACUAACCAACCUGCAGAGAUCUGUGGAGCUCACUAAAGAAUAUUAUGAGGACAACUGCGACAAGAAACUCAUUGUCACAUAUGGAAAUAUUGCCUGGCUACACUAUCACAUGAAGCAAUAUGCCGAAUGCAAAAGUUACCUGGAAAAAUUGAGGGAGAUCAAAGGAAAAAAAAUUGUCCCUCACGAGGUGCUUGGUGAGAAGGCCUGGGCCCUGUUCAAGUUUUCACGCAAGUAUUAUGGCAGAGCAAAUGAGUGUUUCAGGAAAGCAUUAGAGCUGGAGCCUGAGGAGGGUGAGUGGAAUGCUGGUUAUGCCAUUGUACUGUGCCGAACAGAAACUAAGUGCAAGAGUCCAAAGGAUUCAUUAGCAAUUCAACAACUUAGGCGAGGAAUAGAAACAAACCCAGAUAACGAUGAGCUCAAGCUUCUUUUAGCUCUGAAAUUGGCUGAGUUUAAGCUGUUUGAUGAGGCUGAGGACUUGGUGGAGAAGGCUUUCGAGAUGUCUCCAGAUAGUCCACAUGUAAUCAGGUAUGUUGGGAAAUACAUGCGAAACUAUGGAUCUUUGGAUAGGUCCAUUGGCCUGUUGAAAAGAGCAUUAGAGAUUGCCCCAAAUUCAGCUUUCAUACACCAUCAGUUGGGUCUCUGCUACAAAAUAAAAAAAGAAGGAUUUGGCUCGUUUCGUGAGAAAAAAAGAUUUCGUCGUUUAAGCAUCUCCCAUCUUGAGAAGGCUAUCACUCUGAAGAGUGGCUUCGUUAUUGCAAUGGCACAUCUGGGUAUUCUCUAUGGUGAGGACAGAAAAAUCAAACAGGCUGAAGAAGUGUUUCAAACAGCCAUAUCCAUUUCUGACGAGAAAACUGAUGGACUACAAGCAGUUCAUUUGUAUUAUGGGGAGUUCCAGCAGUACAGAAAAAACUGUCUCCCAUUGGCCAUUGAACACUACAAGAAAUGCUUGAAAAUGGCAAAUGAUACAAAACAUGGAAAGAAAAGUGCUAAGAAUCUGAGAAAGAUUGCUAGCAGAUAUGUAUCGAUGGCAGAAGCUUUAAGCAUACUAGAAUUUAUUGAGCAGGUAACAGGUGGGAGACUUUCAACUGCAGAGGGCUGCGAGCAUGUUCUAGAAUCCACAAAUAAUGAGGAAUAGUGCAAAGUGGGGUUUUUUCAGAUGCACACAAAUUAUUUUAUUGAACAUAUAUUGCAGUUGCUAUUGUGUUUGUGAUUUGAUUGUCUAAGUGUACUUUAGGUGGAGGGCAAAUGGAGCUCACUACAACACUUUUUCCUUUUUAUUGCAACUUUGUAGAACUGAGCACAAUAAAUCCGCACUGCCCUCUUCUGACUGAAAAAAAAUCUUCAUUAGAGAUUUCUUUGAACCUGUUUCACAGUACAUAUCCUUUAAUUUAGCAUCCUCACAUUUUUGUCUCCAUCAAAAGAUAAAAGACCCUUUUUCAUAAUUCUAUAUGAUUGACCUUGUUAAUAUGUCAUACAUUGUGUUUUUUAUUUUUGACAACAUAUAUUCAACAUGACUGACAAAGUGGUAAAGCACCAUAAUACUGUAUAUAUACACCUCCUUCUUUUAUCCCAGAAGAUUCAAAUGGGUAAAAUGUAUAUAUUAUGUGCCUAUUUGGCAUUGUAAGGGGAUUUUCCAUUCAGCUCUGCUGUAAUAUUUCUAUGAUUAUUUAGAAAAAAGUAAUGAUGCAACUUUCUAACAGAUAUUUUAAUUAAACAAUAUUACACAUCUUUACAAGACUUUUGUAAACUUACAGUCAAUAUUGUGUUGCAAAUUUGUAUUAGGGAUAUACAGCAUCAACACAAUAAACUGUGUAUGAAAGUAGGUGUGAGUCAGUGUGUGUGUGGUCAUAGAUGUAUUAUGGACCAGUGGGCACAGGCUCACCAACUAGCCCUUCACCACACUGGACUGUUGAAGACUGAAAAAAUAUAGCCUGGUCUGAUGAAUCUCGAUUUCUGCUGAGGCACACAGAUGAUAGGAACAGAAUUUGGUGCCAACAGCAUGAAUUCAAGGACCCAACCUGGCUUGUGUCAACAGUCCAGGCUGGUGGCAGUUGUGUAAUGUGUGGGGAAGGAUUUCUUGGCAAACUUUGGGCCAGUUAAUCCCAAUCAAUCAUUGUUUGAAUGCCACAAUCUGAGUAUUGUUGUUGACCAUGUGCAUUACUUCAUGGCCACAAUUUACCCAUCUUCUAAUGGCUAAUUCUAGCAUGAUAAUGCACUAUGUCACAACGCAAAUGUCAUCUAAAACUGGUUUCAUGAACAUGACAAUGAGUUCACUGUUCUUUAGUGGUCUUCCCAGUCACCGAAUCUGAAUCCAAAAGGACACCUUUGGGAUGUGGUAGAAUGGGAGAUUUGCAGCAUGGAUGUGCAUUGGACAAAUAUGCAGAAAUUGCAUGAUGCAACCAUGUCAACAUGGACCAGAAUCUCAAAAGAUUGUUUCCAACUUAUUGUAGAAUCCAUGCCAUGAAGAAUUUAGGCUGUUCUGAGAGCAAAGGGAGCCCCUGCCCUGUAUUAGUACCUUGUUCCUAAUAAAAUUAUCAGUGAGUGUAUUGCAUUUGUUAUUGUAUUUGUGGUUUGAAUGUCGAAGCUUAUACUAAGGGCAAAUUGAGCUUAGUGAAGUAGCCUAAUUGUUCAAUCAUAUGGCAACUUGGGCUUAGAAUUCUAUGAAUCAACACUUAUCUCUUCUGACUUGAAACAAACAAUUUAAAAAACUACUUUUCUCGAUAUAUCAAUGAACAUAUUACAGUAUAUACCCUGAAAUGUCCUGAAAUUCUUUUCCCAAUGAGAGGAAACUAAAUGUGUUUUCUUACAGUGAAUGUAAACACUCUGUAAUGUUCAGAUCGAAUCUACAUUGCAGCCAUAUCACCCUCUAGCUCAAGACUGGUUGCCCACUGAAGCUACACAGCUGGGGAAAAAUAAGGUUGAUGCUGGAAGUGGUAUUAGGGAGGCCAGCAGGGGUGCUCACUCUGUGGUCUGUGUGAGUCCUAAUGCCCCAUUGUAGUGAUGAGACACUGUAUUCUAAAAAGGCUCCGUCCUACAGAUGAGUUGUUAAACUGAGGUCCUGACUCUCUGUGGUCAUUAAAUCACAGGGCACUUCUUGUAAAGAUAGGGGUGUAAGCCCAGCGUCCUGGCUAAAUUCUCCCCAUUGGCCCUUCUCAAUCAUCGCCUCUUAAUAACCCCAUCCAUUAAAUGGCUGUAUAACUCUACUCUCUCCUCUCCACCAAUAGCUGGUAUGUGGUGAGUGUACUGGUGCACUAUGGCUGCUGUUGCAUCAUCCAGUUGGAUGCUGCAAAAUGGUGGUGGUUGAGGAGAGUUCCCUGUUCACUGUGUAAAGCACUUUGAUAGUGUCAGA